AUGGGUGUCGGACGUCGCAUGAUCAAGCAGGGCCCUCCGCCCCCGCUCGAUGAAUCCAAAAUUACCAUGCUGAAGAAGCGCAAGGCCGGUGAGCCCGAAAUUGCGCCCAAGGCUAAGGCCGCUCCUGCGAAGAAGCGCCGCAGAUCCGAUGCCGAUGAACAGACCACAUCAAAAAAGGCCGCCCCCAAGAAGUCCAAGGCCAAUGGUGCCCCCAAUGGAUCUGCCAAGGCAGACAAGAAGAAGGUCGUCGAGAAGAAGGUCGCCGAAAAGAAGAAGCCUGUUCCCAUGACAGACUCCGAAGAUGAGGACGAGGAAAUGGAAGAGAUGGAUGAUGAGUUUGACGACUUGGAUGGGAUCAGUGAUGGAUCUCUGGACAGCGACGAGGGUGUUGAACGGUUGUCGGAUUUGGAGGAUGAUGAUUCAGUGAUUGUUUCCGACGGAGAAGACCACCCCCGCGCGACCAUGUUCUCUGACGACGAGGACCUCUCCGACGCCGAGGAGCAGUUGACUGCUGCUAACAUCGAGGGUUUGUCUCGUAAGCUCGACGCUGAGCAGCAGGCCGAAGCGGAGGAGGCCGAACAGGAAUUGCAGGAUGCUGCCAUGCAAACCAACAUCGCCGGUGAUCGCCCUGAUGUCUUUGGUCAAGAUGGACAACCUGGUCUUGCUCCGGAUUUGCAGCUGCUCCGUCAACGCAUCACUGAUACCAUUCGCAUUCUUGGUGAUCUGAAGACUCUGGGCCAGGCCGACAAGUCGCGUGCCGACUACGUCGACCUUGUUCUCAACGAUAUCUGCACAUACUACGGCUACACCCGCUACUUGGCCGAGAAGCUGUGGAACCUGUUCACCCCCAUGGAAGCAUUCGCCUUUUUCGAAGCCAACGAGACCCCUCGCCCUGUCGUCAUCCGUACCAACACCCUGCGAACCAACCGUCGAUCUCUUGCCCAGGCCCUUAUCAACCGUGGGGUCGUCCUCGAGCCCGUGGGUAAAUGGUCCAAGGUCGGACUGCAAGUUUUCGAGUCCGCCGUUCCUCUGGGUGCCACCCCCGAGUAUCUGGCCGGUCACUACAUUCUCCAAGCCGCUUCUUCCUUCCUCCCCGUCAUGGCCCUGGCCCCCCCAGCCCAACGAACGUGUUCUGGAUAUGGCCGCCGCCCCCGGUGCAAGCCCCGUGCUAAGGGUUUGAUCGGUAACAUCCACCGUCUGGGCUGCAAGAACACCAUCGUCACCAACAUGGAUGCCCGUACUGCUUUCCCCAAGGCCAUCGGUGGAUUCGACCGCGUUCUGCUUGAUGCCCCCUGCACCGGUACCGGCGUUAUCUCCAAGGAUGCCGGUGUCAAGACCUCCAAGGAUGAGCGCGAUUUCCUCGCCAUCCCCCACAUGCAGCGCCAAUUGCUCCUCGCCGCCAUUGACUCAGUUGACCACUCUUCCAAGACCGGUGGAUACAUCGUCUACUCCACUUGCAGUGUCACCGUGGAAGAGAACGAGGCUGUUGUGCAGUACGUGCUGCGCAAGCGCCCCAACAUCAAGAUUGUCGACACCGGACUCGGCGACUUCGGCAGCCCCGGUUUCACCAGCUACAUGGGCAAGAAGUUCGACGCAAAGAUGGCCAUGACCCGCCGCUACUUCCCCCACCGCGAGAACGUCGACGGUUUCUACGUCUGCAAGCUGAAGAAGACUGGUCCCACCCCCGCUAGCCAGUCCACCACCGAGACCUCCACCAAGUCCGGCCGCGCUCGUUCCAGCUCAAAGACCGAAUCCACCGAUGACGAAGUGUAUGACAAGACCCCUAUCCUUGAUGAAGAUGGAACUACCCAAGACAACGAGGGUGGAUCUUUCGGUCCUUUCGCCGAGGAUGAGGAUCAAGACCGUAUUGACCGUGCUGAGCGCAAUCGUCUCCGUCGCAAGGGUCUUAACCCCAAGGGUGUUCUGAACAAGCCGAAGAAGAGCAAGGAUGCCUCCACAUCGAAGGAUAUCGAGAAGCCCGAGGAGAAGUCUGAGGAGAAGAAGCCUGAAGCCAAGAAGGCUGAGGCCAAGAAGUCCGAGGCCAAGAAGCCCGAAGCCGCAAAGAAGUCUUCCAACGAGGGCAAGGGCGAGAAGAAGACCGUGACAAAGGGAGAGGAGAAGAAGGAGAAGAAGGAAAAGAAAGAGAAGAAGUCGGCCAAGAAGGUGGCCAAAUGA